CAGGCACGGGACAUGGCCACAGAGGUGGCUGAGCCUGUGGUGCCAGACUGCAGAGGAGACGUGAGGAGCGGUGCCAGGUCAGAUGCUGACUAUCCUCUCCGGGUUCUCUACUGUGGAGUCUGUUCCUUGCCAACAGAGUACUGUGAGUACAUGCCUGAUGUCACUAAAUGCAGACAAUGGUUAGAAAAGAAUUUUCCAGAUGAGUUUGCAAAACUUACAGUAGAAAACUCACCUAAGCAGGAGGCUGGGGUUGGAGAAGGCCAAGGAACUGCAGGAGGAGAAGAAGAAGAGAAGAAGAAGCAAAAGAGAGGUGGAAGAGGUCAGAUAAAACAGAAAAAGAAGACUGUACCACAGAAAGUCACAAUAGCUAAAAUUCCUAGAGCAAAGAAAAAAUAUGUCACAAGAGUGUGUGGCCUUGCAACGUUUGAAAUUGAUCUGAAGGAAGCACAAAGGUUUUUUGCUCAGAAAUUUUCCUGUGGUGCCUCAGUAACAGGAGAAGAUGAAAUCAUCAUUCAGGGGGAUUUCACAGAUGACAUUAUUGAUGUCAUUCAGGAGAAGUGGCCUGAGGUGGAUGAUGAUAGCAUUGAAGAUCUUGGAGAAGUCAAGAAGUGACAGUGGAAGUCUUACCUUUAUUUAAUUACAUGGUUAUAAGUGAUGUAGCCAAAGUGAGGCACCUAAAUCCAUUUGCUCUGCAGGGAAACCAUGGAGCACCCAGAUCCUUGUUAUCUCCCCUCUUCUGUAUAGGCUGCUUGGGUUUUUUGUUGUGAUAUUUGCCAAAGUUAAAUUGGGGUUCUAUCAUGCUUAUGCAUGAAGUAGGUUAAAUAAAAUUACUGUUCCUCACUGAA